CACGGCCACUGUCAUGCUCUUUGAUCUUUAGUGUCUUUGAGGGUCAUCAAAUAACAUUGCGUAUCAAACCAAAAAUUCCGAAUUCAACAGCGGGGCCUUCACAAAAGUUCUCCUCGCUAUAGUCUCGUCGCACAUCACGAGAUCUCGUCGCAGCAACCAGCGGAGCUUCUCUCGCCGCAACAGCAACUUGUCACCAAAGAUGGCGAUUUGCUGAGUGCUCAUGGAUACACACAUUUCUCGGCUAGUUGCUAACGUACCCGAAUCGCCAGCUUUGCAGACAAAUUAACGGCUCAGCGAGCAGCUCUUCUUCUCCCUGGAAGCACAUCUGACCCCGCGUCAGCCGCCGCCGCCAUGCAGAUCACACUGAAGACUCUGCAGCAGCACACCAUUCAAAUUGAAAUAGACCCCGAACAAACGGUGAAGGCCUUGAAAGAGAAGAUAGAAACAGAAAGAGGCAAAGACAACUUUCCCGUGUCUGGGCAGAAGCUGAUUUACGCUGGUAAAAUCCUGCAGGAUGACACGCCCAUUAAAGACUACAAAAUUGAUGAGAAGAACUUUGUUGUAGUGAUGGUGUCCAAGCCUAAGCCUGCAGCUGCUGCUUCAACCUCAGUCCCAGACGGACCCAAGCCCCCUGUACAGGACUCUGGCUCCACGUCGACAGCUGUUCCAGCCACAACCCCGACCCCAGCCCCUGCCCCAACCCCAGCAGCUGUCCCGAUCCCCCCGGAGGAGGUCAAAGAGGAGCCGAGCGCUGCAGCCACAGAACCACAACAACCAGCCAGCUCCAGUGGUGGGAGCCAGGGCUUGGAUGCCUCCUCAGCACUGGUGACUGGGGCCGAGUACGAGGUAAUGCUGACAGAGAUCAUGUCUAUGGGCUACGAAAGGGAGCGAGUGGUGGCCGCGUUAAGGGCCAGUUUCAACAACCCCCACAGAGCUGUAGAGUAUCUGCUCACUAGUAUUCCCAGCAGCCCAGUCCAGGAGAGUAAUCCACCUGCACAGGUCCCCACAUCUGGAUCUACAGACUCCCCAUCUCUAGCAGAGGCAGGAGAUAACCCACUAGCAUUCCUGAGGACCCAGCCCCAGUUUCUGCACAUGAGACAAGCCAUCCAGCAGAGUCCUUCUCUGCUACCUGCGCUUCUCCAGCAACUAGGCAGGGAGAACCCCCAACUUCUACAGCAAAUCAGUCAACAUCAGGAGCUCUUUAUCCAGAUGUUGAACGAGCCUGUGGGGGAGGGGGGAGAUGCACCAGAGGUGGGAGAUAUCGGGGCAGCAGGGGACGAGGGAGCACCUGUCAACUACAUUCAGGUCACGCCUCAGGAGAAGGAAGCCAUCGAAAGGUUAAAAGCGUUGGGUUUCCCCGAGGCUCUGGUGAUCCAGGCCUACUUCGCCUGCGAGAAGAACGAGAACCUGGCAGCCAACUUCCUCCUCAACCAGGGACUGGAGGACGACUGAAGACAGACUCCACUGCCUUCCUGCUCCUCCCUCCCACUCCUCCUCCUCCUCCUCCUCCUCCCCUCCUCGGCUCAGCAUAUAAAGACUGCACCCCCACAAAUUUUACUGUACAGCUACCAACCUCAGCUCAACCCAACUGGAGAUGAGGAGAGGGGGGAGCCAGCGCGGCGGCGGCGGCGGGUGGGGGAGGCGGGCGUGGCGGUGACGAGACAGGAAGGGAAGCGGGGCAAACGGGGUGGGUCGGUUAUGGUGGGGUAUCAUGCUUAACGUACACAAAAUGGAGGCUGUGCGCAGGAAGGUCAGACAUGUAUUACCAGAGGUCGGGGUGGGUGAAAAUGUGUGGAAUAAUUCUAAAGGAUCCACGUGAAAUUCCAAUGGAAUGUGUGGGGUUUGUUUAGGGGGGGGGGAGGGGGGGGAGACCUGUAAUUUGAUUUUAGACGCGCUUUGUGAACAUUAGGGGAAAAGGGGGGCGGGGCGAAGGGUUUGCAACGAGAGCGUGUGCUUGUGUGUGAGUACGUCUGUGUUCUUGUGCAGAUGGAUGCGUUACAGUAAAGCUGAGAAAAAAAAAAAGAAAAGAAAAAAGUAAUCAAAAAAAACCCGUUGCAUUCUCUGAGUUUGUUCAUGCUGUAGGUGGAUGGUAUGGAAGCACAUUCUCCCGUGUGUGUGUGUGUGUGUAACUGCUUGCGUGUACUUCUGUAAAGCCUCAUGUACGUACAUACGUCCAAGAAUGAAACUGGCAGAGAUGCACUGAAUAUGCUGCCCUCUGUUUGUGUCUGACAUGAUGUGGAUGGGGUCUGUCAGUCUGUGUGUGUGGGGGAGGAAAUUGAAACUAAAACUGUCAAAUAAGAA